AGAGAGAGAGAUUCGAGGUCUUCGCUCUCCUCGGGCCCUCCCCCUCCUCCUCCGGUUCUGGGUUCAGGGUGAGCCGUUGAGCGCAGGGCCCGCGCGCCGCCCCGAGACUUGAGGGUUCCAUUUUAGCUGUGCAGAAUUCUUGUAAUGCAGAGAAUAGCAAAAAUGGCUCAAGCGGCUAUGGCAGCAGCAUCCAGCCAUGAAGAGGAUUCAUCUGAAAGCAGAAUGGUUGUUACAUUUCUCAUGUCAGCCCUUGAGUCAAUGUGCAAAGAGCUUGCCAAGUCUAAGGCGGAAGUUGCCUGCAUUGCCGUGUAUGAAACAGAUGUGUUUGUGGUGGGGACUGAGAGAGGAAGAGCCUUCGUUAAUACAAGAAAAGAUUUUCAAAAGGAUUUUGUAAAGUACUGUGUUAAUGAAGAGGCAAAGGCUGCAGAACUACAGAAAAUAAAGUCAACAUCCCUAGAUAAUAGGAUGACUGUGGAUAUUGUGGAAAUGGAAGCCCUCAGGAAGUCUGUGGAGGAUUAUUUCUGUAUCUGUUAUGGCAAAGCUUUAGGAAAGCCAACUGUAGUUCCUGUGCCGUACGAUAAGAUUCAGAGGGACCCAUCUGCUGUGAUGGUGCAUGGUCUCCCAGAAGGACUUGCAUUUAAACAUCCCACCAACUAUGAUGUUACAACACUGAAGUGGAUUCUGGAAAACAAAUCUGGGAUCUCAUUUGUCAUCAAAAGGCCCUUCCUUGAGCCAAAGAAACAUCUAGGACCUCGCAUGACAGAUUCCUCACACACAGUAACAUCCCCAGGUGGAAGCUGCCCCGCCAUCCAGGUGAAGACUGAGCCCAGUGAAGAUUCUGGGCUUGAGUUGGUAACAGUUAAAGAAGAAUCUGAGGAUCCCGACUAUUAUCAAUUUAACAUUCCAGCAGGUCCUUCAGAAACUUCGGCGAUUGAUGAGAAAAUCGCCAUGGCAAAGUCUUACACAGGAAGCAACCAGGGUUCCGAUUGCAGUGAAGGAACAGAUGUGGAAUUGCCAGUAGAAGAUUCUUCUCAACAUGCCACUUCUGAAACAAGUGAGGAUCCUGAAGUGGAAGUGACCAUUGAAGAUGAUGAUGACUACUUACCACCUCAUAAGAAGACAAAGAGCACAGAACCAGUCAACGAUGCUGCCAAUUGUGGAAGAAGAAAAGCUAGAGAAUUCAAUUUUGAGAAAUGGAAUGCCCGCAUUACAGACUUGAGAAAGCAAGUUGAAGAGUUAUUUGAAAGAAAAUAUGCUGAAGCUAUUAACGCAAAAGGGCCCGUGACUAUCCCGUAUCCACUCUUCCAGUCCCAUGUUGAAGAUCUGUAUGUGGAAGGACUGCCAGAAGGAAUUCCCUUCCGGAGACCCUCCACCUAUGGGAUCCCUCGCCUCGAAAGGAUUUUGCUGGCAAAGGAACGGAUACGAUUUGUGAUUAAGAAGCAUGAGCUGCUAAAUUCAACGCGAGAAGAUCUACCAUUAGACAAACCUGUUGCAGGAGUGAAAGAAGAAUGGUAUGCCCGAAUCACAAAACUAAGGAAGCUUGUCGACCAGUUAUUUUGCCGAAAAUUUGCCGAGGCAUUGGGAAGCACUGAACCAAAGGCUGUCCCUUACCAGAAAUUUGAGGCGCACCCCACUGACCUUUUUGUGGAAGGUCUGCCAGAGAACAUUCCAUUUCGGAGUCCGUCCUGGUAUGGCAUUCCUCGGUUGGAGAAGAUUCUUCAAGUGGGCAACAGAAUAAAAUUUGUAAUAAAAAAGCCAGAACUGCUAACAAUCACUCCUGCAGAGAUUACUCAACCAAGAACAAAUAUGCCUGUCAAAGAAGAUUGGAAUGUCAGAAUCACAAAACUGAGGAAGCAAGUAGAAGAGAUAUUUAAUCUAAAAUUUGGACAAGCUCUGGGUCUGAGUGAAGCAGUGAAAGUUCCUUAUCCUGUCUUUGAGUCAAACCCUGAGCAUUUGUAUGUAGAAGGUUUACCGGAAGGCAUCCCCUUUCGAAGUCCAACAUGGUUUGGAAUCCCACGCCUGGAAAGGAUUGUCCGAGGGAGUGGAAAAAUCAAAUUUAUUGUGAAAAAGCCAGAACUUGUCACCUCUUAUUUGCCUCCUGGAUUGGCUAGUAAAGUGAAUACUUCAGAACCCCAAAGUCCGAUCAGCUCAAACUCUGCACGAAGUCCUGUAAGCAACUCCAAGAUUCCAGAGAUUGAAGUUACUGUGGACGAAGGUCUUGCUAACAAGACUCAAACCCCAGAAGUUAAAACUAAUCCUCAAACCAAUGGAUCCAAUGUAGGCUUUAAACCAAGAGGAAGAGAGUUCUCUUUUGAGGCCUGGAAUGCCAAGAUUACUGACCUGAAGCAAAAAGUUGAAAACCUUUUCAAUGAGAAAUGUGGGGAAGCUCUUGGACUGACGGAGCCUGUGAAAGUCCCUUUUGCACUCUUUGAGUCUUACCCUGAAGAUUUCUACGUUGAAGGCCUUCCUGAGGGAGUGCCAUUCCGCCGCCCUUCUACGUUUGGCAUUCCAAGAUUGGAAAAGAUCCUCCGAAACAAAGCUAAGAUAAAAUUUAUCAUUAAAAAGCCUGAGAUGUUCGAGGCAGCAAUUAAAGAAAGUGCUGCUGCUGUUCCAAGUCCUCAGAGAAGAACAAGUUUAUCAAACACCGUGGUAAACACUGUAAGUGUGCCUGAUCCAGUGGUGAACACAGCUGCUGGAGUGGAAGAUCUUAACAUCAUCCAAGUGACUAUACCAGACGAUGAUGAGAGAACAUCCAAAGUAGAGAAGGCCCGACAGCUGAGAGAACAAGUGAAUGACCUGUUCAGUCGGAAGUUUGGGGAAGCCAUUGGCCUGGGGUACCCUGUGAAAGUCCCCUAUCGAAAAAUCACAGUCAACCCUGGCUGCGUGGUGGUGGAUGGGAUGCCCCCUGGAGUGUCUUUCAAAGCUCCCAGCUAUCUUGAAAUCAGUUCCAUGAGGAAGAUACUGGAUUCAGCAGAGUUUAUUAAAUUUACUGUCAUCAGACCAUUCCCUGGACUUGUAAUGAACAACCAAAUUGCUGAGAAAGCAGAAUCAGAAGCACCAGCAACUGUGCCAGUCCCUGAGCCAGUGGCGCAAGAUCCAGUUGAACCAGACCAAAUAGUACAAGUAUCUGUGGAGGACGAUUCGGCACAGACUGAAGAAGACACUCAAAUAAAACAAGAGCCAGACCCAACGUGGUAGACCUCGCCAACAUUUAGGUCAGAAGCUUCCAGGAUUGCGAAGAGUUUGCUGGGACGGCCCUGAGCUGUGUAAUAUAGCUGUAUAAGAGAAGUACCUUCUAUCCACCCUCCUUUUUUGUAUUUUUAGAUAGAAAUGUCUACUCUGUUCAAAAGUCCUGAUAAGUGACAUGAAGCAAUGAAAGAAUAUUCACAAUGGCUUAUUUUAUUUUAAAAGAAUUAAUUGGAGGAAGAAAUGCUGGAUACAUGGCUUAAUGAUUGUUAGUUUUUAAUUAAUAUCAAUGGGGACUUUCAAAAAAAUAUCUGCCUUUCCAAUUAAGACAGUCCAUUAGAUACCGAAGAAGAAAGAAAAUAUGCCUAUCGUAGUUCAGGUUUUAUUUUUUCUCUCCCAGUGGGAGUGGGUGGGAGUGGGAGUCGAAAUUGUCUGCUGAAUUUUUCUUUCUCUUUCUCCUUAAUGGUUAAUUGGAUAAUAGUAUCUGUAUAUUUGAAAUAAUUUUUUUCCUAUGAUAUAUCUCUCAACUCAUAUGUUUUUAAUAAAUAAAUAAAAACUGGUUUUCCUG